UUGAGUUUCAAUUUCAUAGGAUUUAAUUUUUUUCUUGCACCUAUAAAGUGGCAAUUAUAACAUGUUAUAAAUUAUCUGUGAGGUAUUUUGAGCUAAAACGUUACAUAAGCACUGUGGGGCACCAAAGACUUAUUUUACAUCUUUACACAGAAAUUACAUGGAGGUAUACAAAAUGAAUAAUGUAAUAUAAUAAUAAAAAGUGAAGUAGUGAAAUCUAUAAGAUUGUAACAGGACCAAAAUAAUGAAAGCAGUAUUAACUUGAUGUACAACAGAAGUCCAAAGUUAAGCUAAUGUAAGCAGUCUCCCAGUAUGCAGGCCAACUGGAAGACAGCGUUCAAGGGGUGAAAAAAACUCCUUUGGGGAGACAACAAAAAACCUUUGUGAAAACCAGGCUUAGCCGGGAUGGGCAGUUCUCAUCUGACAUCAACUCACGCUGUUGUUAUAAUAAUGUACCAUAGAAUUUAACUGUAGAAAUUACCAAUGAGAAUAGCUCCUCCCACUUGUAUUAACUCAGUUAUUGGACUUUUCACAUGAGGCUUGUGUUUGUAAUGCAGCGGUUCACUCUUUGCCUUUGUUCCUGAUACUUGGACAUUUUUCUGUGGUGCCUUAGCUUUGUGUAAUGUUUUUUACUUAUUUUUGUUUUACAUGAGACUCUGAACUAAAAUGUCAGACUCUUGUGGAUCUCUGAGGUAUCGUCUAGCUGCAAUUGUGGGAUUUGGUGGUCUCGUCUCUAUACUUUUUCUCUGGUCUCACCAACCUCUGAUCAACUGUCCACCUCAACUACCUUCGAUUACGCUGCAUCCAGAUGGACACCAUGUACGGAUGAACAACUCUUCUAAAGAAAACGAAGAGAAACCAGUACUUUUGUUAUGGGUCUGGCCUGAAAAUUACAGAUUCGAUCUGAACGACUGUAAAACUGUUUACAAUAUUGACGGCUGUCACCUGACGGAUAAUAGAUCUCUCUACAGCAACACGGAUGCUGUGCUUAUUUUUCACAGGGCUAUUAGUCAAGAUCUGUCCACACUUCCUCCAUCUCCUCGCCCUCCGUUUCAAAAGUGGAUAUGGAUGAAUGUUGAAUCGCCAACUAACACACAGAAAAUACCAGGAAUUGAAAACCUGUUUAAUCUGACUCUCAGUUAUAGAGAGGACGCUGACAUUCCUGUCCGGUUACGACUGACCAGCAGAAAGAUCCCAGAUGAGAAUUUUGAAAUUCCCAAAAAGGAAAAACUCGUUUGUUGGGUUGUGAGUAACAAUGCAGACUGGACAGGCGUUGGCACGAGAAACACUUACUAUAAAGAACUUAGCAAGUACGUCCACAUACACGUGUAUGGAAAAGCUUAUGGAUCAUUCCUGGAUUAUAAAGACUACUAUCCCACCAUAGCCAGCUGUAAAUUUUAUCUCUCCUUUGAGAACUCCAUUCACAAAGACUACAUCACUGAGAAGUUAAAUGGACCUCUGGCAGUAGGUACUGUACCUGUGGUGCUGGGACCUCCCCGAAAAAAUUAUGAAAGGUUUGUACCGGGUGACUCAUUUAUUCAUGUGGAUGACUUUCCAGAUGCAAAGUCACUAGCAGAAUAUCUUCAGCGUCUGGACGUGGAUGACGAAGCAUAUCGCAGGUACUUUAACUGGAGGAGACAUUUCUCAGCUCGACCUCAUUUAAUAUUACAGAACCAAGAGUUUGUUCUGGCUAUUUGUACGGCCUGUGAUUAUGUAGGAAGACACAAGGAAUAUAAACAAGCUCAUGAUAUCUAUGAAUGGUUUUUUAACUAAUUUUAGAUCAUUAGAGAGAUUUUGCUAAUAGUAUAUUUGAUAAGUAUCAUGCUGAUAGGUCUUUAUAUGAUACUGUAUUUAUUUUGGUAAUAGUGUAUUUGAUAACUUAAUAUGCUGAUAUGUCUUUAUAUGAUACUGUAUUUAUGAUUAUUUGGGGGUCUGGUGGUCAUUUCAAUGUUUUAAAUAAAUUAAUUUACUAAAUUAAUAAAUGUUGUUCAUUCUUCUAUAUGUUUAGGAAUGAUGGAAAUUUAAACUAAUUUGUAAGCUUUGGUUUCUGACUUUCUGAUAGUAUUUUCCCACUAUUUCUAAUUCAUUUAAUAAGAAAAAUUUGAAUUAUUUCUUUGAUGUGGUUACUUUAUAUAGUUACACUAUUGUUCACAUACAAAAAAUAAUAGUAUUAAACAAAUAGACUUUGUAUACUCUAAUAUAUAAAAUAUAUAAAACAACUACAUAUUGACGUAAAAAAUAUCAAAUAAAUCCAAACUAUUUAAUAUUUUAGCAUUUGCAUUUCUUUUUAUUCAUCAGCUUCUUGUGGUCUCACCCUGUGAUGAUUUAAGAUCUGAGGUCUCUUAUUGGCUGUUUUUUCUUUAUAUAUGGUCCAAGUCAUCUAUAUUUAAACAUGUUUUUAUA